AUGCCUGGCGCAGACAAGAAGCCCAAGACCCUGUAUGACAAGGUCUUGGACCAUCAUAUUGUCAAUGAGCAGGAGGAUGGCACUCUUCUCAUCUAUAUCGACAGACACCUCGUCCAUGAGGUGACUUCUCCACAAGCAUUCGAAGGUCUCAAGAAUGCUGGCCGCAAGGUCCGCCGGCCGGACUGCACUCUCGUCACAGUUGAUCACAACAUCCCCACCUCCUCGCGGAAAAACUUCAAGAACGUCGAAGAGUUCAUCGAAGAGAACGACUCCCGUCUGCAAUGUACCACCCUCGAAGAGAACGUCAAGGACUUCGGCCUCACAUAUUUCGGCAUGGGAGAUAAGCGUCAGGGUAUCGUCCACAUCAUCGGUCCUGAGCAGGGUUUCACUCUCCCCGGCACCACCGUCGUCUGCGGUGACAGCCACACCUCGACACACGGCGCGUUCGGUGCCCUCGCUUUCGGUAUCGGCACCAGCGAGGUCGAGCACGUCCUCGCCACCCAGACCCUCCUCACCCGCCGGAGCAAGAACAUGCGCAUCCAGGUCGAUGGCGAGCUCCCCCCCGGCGUGACCAGCAAGGAUGUGAUCCUACACAUUAUCGGAGUCAUCGGUACCGCCGGUGGUAACGGUACGGUGAUCGAGUUCUGCGGUUCCGUCAUCCGCGGCCUCAGCAUGGAGGCGCGCAUGUCCAUGUGCAACAUGUCCAUCGAGGCUGGUGCGCGCGCGGGCAUGAUCGCCCCCGAUGAGGUCACAUUCGAAUACCUCAAGGGCCGGCCGCUGGCCCCCAAGUACGACAGCCCCGAAUGGAAGAAGGCGGUUGCUUUCUGGUCCAGCCUGGCCUCCGAUGAGGAUGCCGUCUAUGACAACACCGUCCUGCUGAACGGCAAGGACAUCAUCCCCACCAUCUCGUGGGGUACCUCGCCCCAGGACGUGAUCCCCAUCACCGGCGUCGUGCCCAGCCCCGACGAUUUUGAGGAUGAGAACCGCAAGCUUGCCUGCAAGCGUGCCCUCGAGUACAUGGGUCUGCAAUCCGGCACCCCGAUGCAGGAGAUCGCCGUGGACAAGGUAUUCAUUGGAUCCUGCACCAACGCGCGGAUUGAGGAUCUGCGCGCCGCCGCCAAGGUCGUGCGCGGCAAGAAGAUCGCCGCCAACAUCAAGCGCGCCAUGGUCGUCCCCGGAUCCGGUCUCGUGAAGCAGCAGGCCGAGGCCGAGGGUCUCGACCGCAUCUUCGCCGACGCCGGCUUCGAGUGGCGUGAGGCCGGCUGCUCCAUGUGCCUGGGCAUGAACCCGGACAUCCUCUCCCCCCAGGAGCGCUGCGCCAGUACCUCGAACCGCAACUUCGAGGGCCGCCAGGGUGCCGGUGGCCGCACCCACCUGAUGUCCCCCGCCAUGGCCGCCGCGGCCGCCAUCGUGGGCAAGCUCGCCGACGUACGAGAGCACGUCUCCACCAGCCCCGUGCUGGGCAAGGUGCAACCACACGUCAACAUCUCCCAGCAGCAGGAGGAGCAGCACCACGAGGAGCCCACGACUGAGGACGAGUUCGACCGCAUCAUGGACAUGCCCGGCGGCAACGAGCCCCACGCCAACACCUCCGCGGCGACGGCUUCCGGCGCCAGCGCGGGUCUCCCCAAGUUCACCACGCUCAAGGGCAUCGCGGCGCCUAUGGACCGGUCCAACGUCGACACCGACGCCAUCAUCCCCAAGCAGUUCCUUAAGACCAUCAAGCGCACGGGCCUGGGCAGCGCGCUCUUCUACGAGCUGCGCUACAACCCCGCCACCGGCGCCGAGAACCCGGACUUCGUCCUCAACCAGGAGCCCUACCGCGCGGCCAAGGUCCUCGUCGUGACGGGCCCCAACUUCGGCUGCGGUAGCUCCCGCGAGCACGCCCCCUGGGCCCUCCUCGACUUCGGUAUCAAGUGCAUCAUCGCCCCCUCCUUCGCCGACAUCUUCUUCAACAACACCUUCAAGAACGGCAUGCUCCCCGUCGUCGUCUCCGACGAGGCCGCCCUGCAGGCCAUCGCCGCCGAGGCCCGCGCCGGCCGCGAGCUCGAAAUCGACCUCGUCAACCAGGUCAUCCGCGACGCCGCCGGCGCCCAGCUCGCCGCCUUCGAAGUCGACGGCUUCCGCAAGCACUGCCUUGUCAACGGCCUCGACGACAUCGGCCUCACCCUGCAGAUGGAGGACAAGAUCCGCUCCUUCGAGUCCAAGCGUACCCUCGAGACCCCCUGGCUCGACGGUAGCGGCUUCCUCAAGCGUGGAGCCCGCGGCGCCACCAUGAUCCAGGCCGUUCCGGUGCCCAAGACCAACCGGGGCGACGUCAAGACCGAGCCUCUGGAGUGGUAA